CUCACUGCAGCAGCAGCUAGCAGCGUAUAGCCUGUUCGAGUGAGCACGAGGAGGUCUAGGGUUGGAACACCUAUCUAAGGAGAAGAUGGCGAGCAGCUGGCUUGGCGUCGGCGUCCUGAUCUUGGCUGCGCUGCUGGGCUCCGCGACGGCUCAAGCAGGUGGGUACGGCUAUGGCGGGUAUCCUGCAAAAGUUGCGGCAGCUCCAAGCACGGCGCCGGAGGGUGCACCAGCACCACCCGCGGUCCCCGCGGUCCCCGCGUAUGCUCCAGUCCCACCGAUGCAAACCCCUCCUCCCCCUGCGGCUGGUACGCCGCUCAGGUUCGGCUUCUACCGGCGCUCGUGCCCCCCGGCGGAGCACCUCGUCAAGCUAGUCGUCGGCAAGGCGAUCCGGAACAACCCUGGCGUCGGCGCCGGCCUCAUCCGCAUGGCCUUCCACGACUGCUUCGUCCAGGGCUGUGACGGGUCCGUGCUGCUCGACCCGACGCCGGCGAACACGCGGCCGGAGAAGCUGGGCCCGCCCAACUUCCCCAGUCUGCGGGGCUUCGAGGUGAUCGACGCGGCCAAGGCGCUGCUCGAGAGGUACUGCCCCGGCGUCGUCUCCUGCGCCGACGUCGUCCAGUUCGCCGCCCGCGAUGCCGCUUUCUUCCUCAGCGGCUACAAGGUCAACUACAGGCUCCCCGCGGGGCGCUUCGACGGCAGCAUCUCCUUGGAGAACGAGACGCUCGCCUUCCUGCCACCGUCCUCCUUCAACCUCUCCGAGCUCGUCCAAAGCUUCGUCGCCAAGGGCCUCGACGUCGACGACCUCGUCGUGCUCUCCGGGUCCCACUCCAUCGGCCGCUCCCACUGCUCCUCCUUCUCCGACCGUAUCUCCACGCCGCCCUCCGACAUGGACCCCGGCCUCGCCACCAUCCUCAAGGGGCAGUGCCCGGCGAACCCUAACAUCACCAACGACCCCACGGUGGUGCAGGACAUUGUCACCCCCAACAGGCUCGACAACCAGUACUACAGGAACGUGCUGAGGCGCAAGGUGCUCUUCAACUCCGACGCGACCCUGCUGACGUCGAGGGAGACGGCGAGGAAGGUGGUCGAGAACGCCGUCGUCCGCGGGAGCUGGGAGAGGAAGUUCGCCAGGGCCAUGGUGAAGAUGUCGCUCAUCGAGAUCAAGAACGCCGCCAAUGGCGAGAUCAGGAAGAACUGCCGUGUCGUCAACUAGCUACGACGACACAACGUUGCACGACGACUCCCACAAGUUACCACUUGCAGUUAAUAAUUAACCGCUCAUGUUGCAGCUAGCAUCUUUAUUUACAUUUGUUUCUUCAGACGCACGUUGUUUGAUUCUUUCUUUGCAUGCAUUCAGAUGAACAUUAGGAUGGUUUCUCCUUUUUGUGUUGCAAUUUCAAGAUGUUGUACUAUUGGAUUAGGGAUCAGUUGAUGCAAUAAAGCUCCGUUGUUUUUUUUGGCUGAA